CUUGCUGAAAUAUUUUUUUCUGUUUUCAGCUUUUUCCGGCAUCCACAGAUGGCUGAGGAUCUGAUAGAAACCUACUCUGUGUUUUCACAUGCUCUGGUCUCCUUUUCUAUUGGAUAUUUCAUCUAUGACUUCCUCGACAUGGUGUGCAACCAGAAGCUGAGUCAGUCCUGGGAGCUUCUCUUUCAUCACAUUGUGGUGAUCACCUGCUUUGGCCUGUCCGUGGUGUCAUGUCGCUACGUGGGAUUUGCCGUGGUUGCCUUGCUGGUGGAGAUAAACUCUGUGUUCCUCCACCUUAGGCAGAUGCUGCGCAUGGCUAGCAUGGCGGCAGGCACACUCUACCGCGUCAACAGCAUCAUCAACCUGGGCACCUACGUGGUUUUCCGCAUCAACACGCUGGCUUGGAUGACCCGCUGGCUGGUGCUGAACAGGGAUAAUGUCCCCCUGCUGGCCUACACGCUGGGCAGCGUGGGAAUGGCCAUCAUGACCGUCAUGAACAUCAUCCUCUUCUGCCGGCUGCUCAGGAGCGACUUUUUGAAGAGCAGCACCCGGGAGGCCAAGAAGGAGAAGAUGUAGAACUGUGCGUUAACACCAAGUGCCUGAGAUCCGGUACCGUUUUCUGCUUGUGUUUAACAACCUCAUAGCUUGGAGACGGACAUGGAGAGAUGUUUCCCCACACUGUUAAUGUAAUCAGACAGCCUCACUUUGAAAAAAAAUUACGACCUUACUCACCUCAAACCUUCUCCCAUCAGCUGCAGUUUUGGCAUCUGUGCUCACGUGCUUCUUCUCAUGAAGAACACGAGUCCCUUAAAGAUGUCACUAAAUGCCUUAAAGUCCCAAUUGACGUUUCAUCUGAAGUUGUAGCAGGGGGGUGAAGUGAGGCCUUUAAACGGCUCCUCCAGUACUCACUGACACAGCCACUGGGAAAAAUAUCAAAUACCUUUACUAAAUACAUUAUUUAAUUCAUAUAGUUUAUAGUCUAUACACAUUAUGCUGUUAAUUUUUUUUUCCUUUUUUAAAACCAUCUGAGUAACAUCAGUGGCGCCCCCUUAUGUCUGCCUUCGGCACUGCAGAGGUGAAUGUGUUUUCCACCAAAUCUCCUCAACUAAAUACCGCCAGCUACCUCAGAACCGGUCGCUAACUCCCGCUUUGCUGACAGUGUUGAUCACUUUACUAGAAAUUUAAAAACGACUUAAAAAUAACAAAACGAAAAAUGUAGAGCGCCGCUCUCCACAGGCGUCGGUAAACCUGUUAAAGAUGUGCCUUUGAGUAAAUACCUCCCAUCUUUUCUGCUAAUCGUCGGUUGGUUCUUGUUUUUGUUUUUUUAUUUAAUUCCAGUUUUUUGGCACGUUAUUUGUAAUCUCACUCAAGAUAUCAGGAUAUUUGGUCAAACACUUAUUACCUGAGAUAUAGAGCAUAAAUAUGCAUCUACCUUUCUUUAAUGUCACAUGUUUCCCUUUUACUACAUUUUGUCAAACAGUUUAAAUGCACAAUAUGAACCUUUAAAUGCCUUGGGGAAAAAAAUGCCUUAUUUUAACGAGAGGUUAAAAAGGUCAUCAAAACACGAAAUAGGCCUGACAUUUGUUGUAAUAAGCACAGAUUGUGACCUUAAUUUGGUUUGUAGAAACUGUAGAUUAAGCUAAAUUUGAAAUCUAAACAGACACUUAAUUACGUUCCAACAGAUGCAACAAAUAUCGUUGGGUUAUAUGUCAAAAUUAAAUCUGAUGUGGGAAACGAAUGAUGAAGUUAAUCAUUUCUAUUCAAAACAGUGUGAAAAUCACUGCAGAUAUGAAGAAUUAAUUUAUGUCUCUUUAGAAAAUAGAGGAAAAAGUCUGUAAAAAUUAAAAGAUCUAUCCAUACUUCAUUUUUUGUUUCCCCGUUAACUAUCGUAAAUUUUAGUACAAGUAAAUGUGCUCCUUUGCACUUUUCCGUACUGCUUAGGAAGCAUAUUAUUUCUUAAUGUGUUCAAAUAAAUUUUUGUCAAUUUUCUAUGGGAGGAUAUUCAUGUACAUUAAAAGAUUUGUGUAAUUUCACUGUUUUAGCACAUCUUUACCAGGAUUGCCAGUAAAUACUGCAUAAAGCGAUCUUAGAACGGUAGUGGUUUGUUCAGGAUAGUUGGAUAAAUGCUUCUAAAGAUGAUAAAAUGUAAAUUAUUUUUUGAAAAAUUAAUGAAUGUGAUUUUUGGUGGUGGAGCUUGUUGCUUAUAAUGAAGAAAAUUAAAGUGGAAAUGAAAAAAAGAUAGCUUAUUCUUAGCAAGAGAAAUUAAAUUAAAAACAAAUAAAGCUAUAUUAAAUUUUAUCCCUAAAAUUUGCUUUGAUACGUAAGCACUGGAAACUGGAGAACAGAAAAAAAAGCACCAUAUAAGCUUCAAGAAAAGAGAUGACUACAUGAAACUUUAAUACAUACAUUUAAAGCUAAAUUUAAGUAGAUCUCACCAGGACUGUGUCGAUGAGAGCGUGACACACGGUAGCUAAACUGUCACAGCUUUUGUUUUCUUUAUUUUGUUUGGUAUAUUUAUGUAAAAUGUGGACAUAAAUUGUUGCCCAACAAAUUAGCACUGAAGGAAAAACAAAAUCCUAACACUUUGCAGGGUGUCUUGCUCACUAGAUCCUCCUUUAUGAAAAAGUCUGGAGACUCGAACCUGUUUCCUUCUGUUAAAGAAAUGCCCAAAUUCAGUGAAAUAGGUGCAAAUACUGACCGUAGAUGGGGCUGUGCUCCAAAUGUCAUCAAUUGUGGUUACUAUUUGGUGAAUUAUUGUGCUAUUGUGUGCCGUGGUGGGUUUCAGUCUGCAGUAGGAGCUUUCAGACAGGUUCCCCCCGUUCUUCAGUUUACAAUCGGAGGAUUGGGCAUUCCUUGCCAUCGCCUCAGUGACCUCACACAGCCAAGACAACCACAGAUGUUUGUAUUUUGUCACCUUUUUAUCCAUACAUGUGCCAUCUGCCUUUAAUCUGAAGGGAGUCUGAGAACAAACAGGUCUGAGAUCUGUGAAUACAGCAAACUGAGCUGCCUACUCUUCCUAAUCUAAUCGUUAUAAUCGUUACACUUUAUAAAGAAAUUUUGAAUCUCUUUUUUUUUGUGCUUGUGUUUGGGUUUUUUUUUUCCUCCUUUUUGUGAAUGAUCAGUGUUUAAUUGUACAUGUUUAUAAUUUAUUUGUACUUAGAACAAAUUAUGGAUUAAAGCUGUAAUUAACAUGGUGUAUAAGGUUUUCCUGUUGUAAAAGAAAUUAGAAACGUUUAUGAUGGUGCAGUUUGUAUUUUAACUCAGUGACUGUAACUCUCAGAUUGGUUCAUAAUGAAGGUUAAGAAAAUAUAUAUUUAAAAAAAAAAAUCCCAAGAAUUAUAGAUAUAGCAGCUCCUCCAGAUUUUCAGCUUAAAGUAUCUGGACUCGCACAGCCUGACAUUUAUACUCAGCACUUGAGGGUUGCUGUAGAUCAGGAAGCAUAAACUAAUCUCCAGUGGGGCUCCGUGUUUCUUGAAGUCUAUAACAACCAUCUUGUAAAAAUAUGGAAUAUACUUUUUUUUUUAUUGCAUUAUUCCCCCAUAUUUUGAUUUGGUCUUUUGUUUGUUCAAAUAUUUAAAUUUUGGGCAGCUUAUUGUGGUUGUAGUGAAGAGAGUUGGUGACUAUUGAAGUUUUGAACAGUGAGAUUACAUGUGUGUCUUGUUAAAGCUGCACUGAUACUGCUGUAGUCUGUGCUUUAAUGAGUUGUAAUAAAACGUGGCAGUCAAGUUGGGAUCCACUCCUGUUUUUUUAUGGUGUUAAGCAGAACAAACUUUUUUCCUGCUCUCUUCUCUGCUAAAUUUGUCUUUUUUUUUAUUGUUAUCUUGGUUUUGAUUACCAAAUGCAACCCCAACAAACCUCCAAAAGGAUGUUCUGUUUUCAGAAAUACAGUUGAAAGAU